AUUUUAGACCAUACUCAAUUCCCAUAGAUACAUUCUAUCUUUUCCAUACUCUCAGUGGUCUGUCUUUUAGUAACUUUGCAAUUCAGCAGCACUUUUCCGAACCGCCCCACAUUUCGGAAUUGUAUCAACAUUAUCUCAGCGAGCAUAGUGACUUUGAACUUGGAAUUUUCUCAGCCGUUCAUCCACAGUGUAGCACAACGGACUACAAUUAUUCCUUGUCGACCAACCUUUAAAAAAUACUCUCCAGCCUAGAUCAGAUCAAAAUGGCUGCUGAACUGCCUCAACCACCAUUCUACGCUAUCAAGAAUAUCGACAAUCUUCGCGAUGCAGCUUUGUUUCCCGGUGGACUCAACACCACGUCCGGAGGAAAGAUCCGGGAAGGAGUAUUAUACCGUUCCGCAGAUCCCUCAAAGUUGGACAAAGACGGAUGGUCAUCUCUGCGCCAGAUUGGAGUCGCUCACCUCUUCGAUCUGCGAUCAUUACCUGAGCUCGAGAAGGGAUAUAAAGGUGUUGGCCAAGAAGAGCUUCCUAAAGAUGCAAAUGGCGAUUCCCGAUACCCAUGGAUCGACACACUCGAAGCUGCAGGACUGAAUCGGACCUGGACCCCUGUGUUCAAGGCGGAGGACUACAGCCCCGAACGCCUGGUUGAGCGAUACAUCAAAUACAUGGACAAAAAUGUCGAAGGCUUCGUCGCUGCCUAUAGGGAUAUUCUAAGCAAUGCGGGACCCGCUUAUCGUACCAUCUUACGCUAUCUCAUUAAUCUUCCGUCUCCCGCAUCAACAGGAUCGAGUAAGCCACUAGGCGCAUUAAUCCACUGCACUGCUGGCAAGGACCGAACUGGUAUCUUUUUCGGGGUACUUUUCUCCUACCUGGGUGUUCCUGAAGAGAAGAUUGCAGAAGAGUAUAAUCUCACCGAGACCGGUCUCGCACGUAUUCGUGACGAAGUUGCCGCUCGACUCAUGCAAUCACCUGCGUUCAGGAAAUACAUGGAGAACAACCAAGCCGGUAAAGAGACUUCGGCAUCUGACCUUGCCAGCUUCAUGCAGGCAGGGAACUCCAAUGAGGGAGCCGAUGCUACACUAGUGAAUGGGGCCGAAUUGAGCCCCGAGGCGUUGGAGUUUGGAAGACAGGCUGCUUUGAGAAUGGUAGGUGCGAGGAAGGAGAGCAUGCUACACAGUCUGAAAAUGGCAGAGAAGGAGUUUGGUGGCGCUGAAAAGUAUCUCAGAAGGGUUUGUGAGCUUACAGAUGGAGAUUUGGAUGCCCUAAGGAGGAAUCUAGUGGUACCAGCAUGACGGUUAGAGAUGGGCGUAUCCAAGCUGUAGUUUGGACACUGACCACCAACAGCUAGUUAUGAGAUGUAUAGAGUUGAGCUGUAGAAUGAUCUGUAGAAGCGGACAUCUGGAUGUAUGUUUGUAAUGCAACACAACUGAGCCUGACUUUAACAUAAGUUUACAGGACGU